AUGACGUGUCAGACGUUCUCCAGCACGGACUCCUUCACCGCGCUGGCGGGCGACUCCUCCGCCCUGCCCUUGCUCAUGCACCACCCGGGGGCCGGGGACUGCCUGCCUGUCUCCUCCCACGCCACCAACAUGGUGUCCGCAGUGCCCUCUGGCCUGUCCCUGGUACAGUCGUCCAAGCGCUCCCACAUGCACCUGUCCACCUCUGCCCUCAGCAACGCCUCGGCCAGCCUGCACUACCCCGUGCCUCCCUGUCACUAUGGCAACCAGCAGACUACCUACGGCAUGAUGGCAGGUGGGCUGGGACCCUGCCUGUACAAGUUUCCGGAACAUAGCCUGGGGGCCAGUUCCUGCGCCCUGGGGCACAGCUUCCCCCCACUGCCCCCAGCGGUUCUGGCUGAUGAGCACACCCUGGGGGACUUCAAACAGGAGCUGCGCAGGAAGAGCCGCCCCCCGGAGGAGCCCCCAGACAUGGACUCGCCCCAGAUCCGCGAGCUGGAGAAGUUUGCCAACGACUUCAAACUGCGCCGGAUCAAACUGGGAUACACACAGACCAAUGUGGGCGAGGCCCUGGCAGCAGUGCACGGGUCCGAGUUCAGUCAGACGACCAUCUGCCGUUUCGAGAACCUGCAGCUCAGCUUCAAGAAUGCGUGCAAGCUCAAGUCCAUCCUGGCCAAGUGGCUGGAGGAGGCCGAGCAGGCCGGGGCCUUGUUUAAUGAGAGGAUUGGCAUCAACGAGAGGAAGAGAAAGAGAAGAACUACCAUCAGUUUGGGAGCUAAGGAGGCGCUGGAGAGGAACUUCAUGGAGAAGAGCAAGCCGUCCUCGCAGGAGAUCGUGCGCAUGGCGGAGGGGCUGCACCUGGAGAAGGAGGUGGUGCGGGUGUGGUUCUGUAACCGCAGGCAGCGGGAAAAGAGGGUCAAAACCAGUCUGCACCACAGCUCCUUCCACACUCUGACCAAGGACGGCGCCACCUGCAGGUAG